AGGAGGCUUAAUUGUUACUAUGAUAGAUUUUAAUCUCCUUCCUUUCAAGCUGAACUAACGUACCUGUUCACUUCUACUCUACUUUGGCUUUUGAUUCCUAUAUGUGGCUGCUGGCUUUGCAAAGAGAAAUACUCAUUUAGGACAGGUGGAGCAGGGAGCUCAGCCACACCCCCUGAUUCUCAGAGGAGCUGAGAGCUUUCUGGGCAGCGUGUUCACCACUGGCAUAACUUUUCUCAUGCAGAAACCUACAGAGAAAGUCCUGCCUAUGCAGCAACGCUGAAAGCCUGACUGAAGAGUUUGGGGAAAACCUUGCUGAAUCCCGUGGGGCUGGGAUUUCUUCUUUGUAUCGUUGAAAAUUGUGUCAUUGGAAAGCCCAGCACAGUUUUUCGUAUCAGCAUCACUGGAAAGUCCACCAUGGUUUUUCCCGUCAGUAUCACUGGAAAGUCCACCAUGGCUUUUCUCAUCAGCGUCACUGGAAAACCCACCGCGGCUCUUCUCAUUAGCCCCGUGUAGAAGAGGGAGUACUGGGGCAGCACCUUUGUCUGAAAUGAGACGCAGCAGCACCUUUCUUCACCACCAAAGUCACCAAGCCACGCAUGGCUUCAGCUGUCACCUAGCGGGCGUCUGCUCAUGAUGUCACAAGGGAACAGCGCUGUGGUGAGAUCACAGUAAGGAAACACCCACCUGCCCUGUUAGAAGAUGGUCACCCCAAGCAAAUAAGGUGUCUGACAACAUUCACAGCCAGAUGGUCAUCCCUGCUACCCACAGAGGAACGAAACCCUGAAGUGCCACCUGUGGCGGGCUCCUGCAACCUUAGGUAGCAAGAAGCAUGGAGCAAGAGAGGAAAAUGCACAACAGCAAUCGUAUGUCUCUUUAAUGAAACAUCAACAAAAAAGCCACAAGCACCAGAACAACAUCCAAUAGUGUAAAAAAGUAAGAGACCGAAGAAUACGAGCCUCCUAGCAAUUCCAGCAUUUCUAGAUGGUAGGUUGCAGUUUCGCCUUUUAGACAAUCAGAGAAUUAUCGCCCGACUAUAUCAAAAUUCAUUUCUAAAGCUAAGAAGAGCAAUCUUCCUGUGAAUCUUGUGUGCACAUGUGGAUCUACAAAGCAACCGUCUCUGUUAACCUAGGAGAAGAUCAUAACAAGCAAGUGCCUUCAGAUGCAGGCAGGAACAGAGCUUGUGGACCUAGCCACCUUCAUCCCAGACAGAACUUUGUAAUUUCUGACAAAAUAUCUUAUUUCAGUGUGGUAUCUUCAGGAGAACCGCCCAGUCUGCCACACCAGACACAGGAAAGCAAUGCACAGCAACAGCUCCAAAAACAAGCUCAGCAGGCUACCGUCAUUCAGGCUGCAUGGAGAGGCUAUCGAGUCCGGAGAGAGCUGGAUGAAAUGAACAAAGCUGCUGUCAAGAUUCAGGCAGCUUACCGAGGCUACCGGACGCGGCAGGAAUUGCCCCUUGGGUUUUAUGAUUUCUUUGGGGAUAAAAAGCCAGUGUUAGAUCAGACAAAGAAAGAAGAAGAGAGGAUGGCGUCUCUCCCUGGAGUGUCUGGAGCCCUGGAGUGCCACAUGUUCCUUGGUGAGGGCUCCCAGGCAUCAGGUAUUUCCAUGGGACACGAGGGGCCAACAGCUCCGUGCAGCGACAGACACGACCCAGGCACUGUUGUUAUUCCCAGAGCAGUUGUCUGCAAACCAGCGUUUCCUCUCAUGUCAAGCAAUGUUCUGGUCCUUGGUAAUAGUUCACCUACCUGUGAAGUCUUCCCAGCCUUGACAUCUGGACAGCAAGUCCACGAUGCUGCGGAUAACAUUUGGGCUGUAAGGAGAGGGCCUCAAAGCCUAGAAGAGUUUGAUAAAGUGGAGAGACAAGCUGCGAAAAUAGCAGAGCACGGCCAGAUCUUAGUUUGCAGUUAUCAGCUCAGAACAAACCGCUGUGAAAAGUAUCACAUUUCAGAGAUAUGCAGCAUCACCGAAACGCAGAAGUUAUCCCCAAAGCUUCAAGAUAGGGUGCCCUGCCCCAAACGAGGCCUCACUGUACGCUUAGAAGUGAGAAAGGAAAACAGAACGACCAAGGCAGGAGGCAAAGUGCCAUCUAUUAGAAACAUUGAUGUGUAUGCAGUGGUGAGGAGCCCGCCAGCCUCCUCGAGGCCCUCGAUGUCCCUCCACGUUUCCAGCCCCACCGCGGUGGUGGAAGGCUCCCACCGGGACGCGGGCAGAGGCCGGCUGUGCGGGCUGUACGCCGUCCGCAGGCACGGGGCCUCGCAGCCCUCGCACAUCCACAUUCAUGUAAACGUGGUGGAAACAAGAAGGGAGGCAGGAGCGGCAGGAAAGCGCUGA